AUCAAGACAUCCUAAUAUGCGGAAAUUGCCGCGAAAUGUUCUCCGACCUCCACGACUUGUUGGAACACAAGAAAAACUACUGCAAACUUAGAUUCACCUGCAAAUGCGAAAGCAGUAAAACGCGGUCUUCAAUAGAUGAACAUUCAACAGCAGCACUCUUAUGCGUGCAGUGCAAGGAUGCGUUCCAGAAUGCUUGGGAUCUGAUGGUUCAUGCCCAGGCAGCCCACAUGAUCAACAUCUAUGAGCUGGGAGUGCCCACAAUUGGCAACUGCUCAUCUCCCCCCAUAUCGCCUAGGGAUAACAACACGCCAGACAAGGUAAGUGAAAGUUCAGUCAGUUUUUAUUGA